AUGCCGCCCAAGGGAGCACAAGAGAGCGUUUCAAUGCCCGAAGCAGAAGGGCUCACUUAUGACCAAUCGGAAAUGGACUACUUUCACGCAAAGUUAAAAUACCAUGCCACCGUCGACGAGCGCAUGGCGUCCAAAGACAACAAUCUGAUUUCCGUUUCCGAGACCCAAGCCAAGGUCCUCAAGCGCUGGGAGAUGUUGAGACAUACGGAAAAAGAGCUAGCUGAGAAGGGCGAAACCAUGUCCCCGAUUGACAAGCGUCAAUUAGCGCAGUGUGCUUGGCGAUUCAAUCAGCUGGAGGCAUGUGCUACGAAGACCACUGGAUAA